AUGCCGGAGGAGGCAGAACGGGAGAAAUUAGCCGAAGUCAUCAGACAGUGGAACAACAACAGACUGGACCUGUUUGAAAUAAGUCAACCGGAUGAGAACUUGGAGUUCCAUGGAGUGAUGCGCUUCUACUUUGAGGAUCGUGUUGGAGGAAAUGUGGCCACCAAGUGCCUGCGUGUCUGCAGCAACUCUUCAACUCGCGAGGUUAUUGAAACUCUGUCAGAGAAGUUCAGACCUGACAUGAAAAUGCUGACUGCUCGUUAUUCCCUGUAUGAGAUCCACGGCAAUAAAGAACGUAAACUGGAUGUGGACGAGAGACCUUUGGUUGAACUAUUAAACUGGAACACCGACAACAGAGAAGGACGAUUUGUGCUCAAGAAAGACAAAGAGAGUUUGGAGGAAAACUUUCACGGGAAGGAAAAGGGAGGCGUGAUCCAAAGCUUCAAGAGGACACUGUCAAGAAAAGAGAAAAAGAAAGAGAAGAACAAAGCUAAAGCGACUGACAAGGUUUCAGAUGAUGAGAUCGGGUCAACUGAGGAGCUCCUGAACAACAACAGCAGCUGCACAGAAAACAAAAAGCAACAGAGGCAGCCUGCCAUGGGAGGAACGCACACAGAAAAUCUGUAUCCGGAUUUUUCAGAACAACCUGGAUUACCAAUUGGAAUUAAAUUCUGUGACAGCUCUGAGGAAGCCUUCCUGUCUGCAGUCAUAAAUUACACCAACAGCUCCACAGUUCAUUUCAAGCUCUCACCUGCAUACAUCCUCUAUGCCGUGGGACGCUUUGCUCUGCAACGCCAUUACAGGCGAGGCUCAUCACUUUGCGAAAACGGUGUUACUUUGACUGCAAGCAAAAUGGUGGCCAUGACAUUAAAGGUCAUCCAGAGGCAGCAGGCCAUGGCCGGUGCUCUCGCCUUCUGGAUGGCCAACUCCUCUGAGCUGCUGAACUUCUUCAAGCAGGACAAAGACCUCGGCUCGCUCACACGGCAAAGUCAGCUGGAUCUGUCCCACCUGGUGCACAAAGCUUUCAGUUGUCUGCUACAGUGUCUGCAGAACGAGUUAAGGAAGCACUUGCCAACAUUUUUGAUUGAUCCUGAGCAACAUGGCACACUGCCAGCGGGUAUAGAGAUGGUGCUGAACACCUUGAUGAACACCAUGUCCCUUUUACGCCGCUGCCGGGUGAACCCUGCCCUAACCAUCCAGCUCUUCUCUCAGCUCUUCCAUUUCAUCAGCGCCUGGCUCUUCAACCAGCUCAUGAGCCCUGAGGCCAACCCUCCAGGCCUGCGCUCCCACUACUGGGGAGCUUCUCUCCGCCAGAGGCUCACGGCCAUCGAAGCGUGGGCGGAGAGGCAGGGCCUGGAGCUGGCUACUGACUGCCACCUCGGACACAUCAUCCAGGCAACCAUGAUCCUGACCAUGAACAAGUAUUCAAUGCAAGACGUGAAGGCCAUCCAGAAUAACUGUUUCAAGUUGAACUCACUGCAGCUCCAGACGUUGCUAUCCGGCUACCUCUAUGCAACCAAUGAACCUCACAUUACGCCUGAUUUGAUCGAUGCCGUAGUGACGGCUGCGAAGGCCUCAGCAGAUAACCUGAUUCGGAGCGAAGGACGGGAUGUCCAGCUGGAAGAGAGCCUCGACCUACAUCUGCCCUUCCUGCUGCCGGAGGGAGGAUACUCCUGUGACACCGUGAGAGGAAUCCCUCCAGGGUUUAGGGAAUUUUUGGAGCCAAUUUGCCGUAAAGGUCUCUGCUUUUUAACACCCCAGCCAAACUCUAAAGGUGACUGGACCGUGUACUUCAGUGACCCGACUUCCUCUGCAGAGAGCACAUGUUUGGCAGCACACAGAGAGCCAGACAUUGUGACUAUCACACUGAACAAACCUCUGAACAGUGGGAUGGGGGUCAGCAUUGUGGCUGCAAAGGGAGCAGGGCAAGAAAACCUUGGGAUUUAUAUCAAAUCUAUUGUAAAGGGAGGACCAGCUGAGAUGAAUGGCAGGUUAACAGCUGGGGACCAGCUGCUGAGUGUGGAUGGUCAAAGUGUGGUCGGCCUCAGCCAAGAAAGGGCAGCAGCGAUCAUGAUGCAAACCGGCCCCGUUGUGACCUUACAGGUUGCAAAGUUUGGAGCGAACUACCACGGCCUGGGAGCUCUGCUGACUGACCCGACAUCAGAGAGGACCACAGCGCUCAUGCUGUACAGAGUUGUGGAUCCUGGUCCGUCAGAGCGGCUCCAUGGAGGCAGCAAGAGGUCGAAAGACCAGAUAAUGCAGAGAAACAGACAACUUUAUCGCUCCAACCCCGACAUGAACACGUGUUUUUCCCCCGAGGAUGGAGACGAACCUGUUGAAUCUGCUGUGAGAGCGAACAACAUGGCUGCUGUCUCCAGUGUCAACCUCUGUGAUGACACAUCUCACAGGGAAUACUUGACACUUCCGACUCCAAAGUCCCAGGACAAGAACGUGUCUGAAACCAGUCGACCACAGCAAACAGUGAAAGUGUCUUUGAGGCCUUUAGAUGGACAGAACUCCACUAAGAGGACCUUCAUGCGCCAAGCUCUGUCACAGGAGGACCUGUGUGUGGACAGUGGAGGCCCCCUGCUGGACAAAAGGCAGAGCUUGUGGGAGCAGAAGGAGCAGCGUGCAAAGCAAACCCUGAGCCACUAUUCAUCUUUCCCGAUCCGCUCGAGUGUUUCCUCUCAUGACAUCCUCUCAGAUUAUUGCUCUCCUACAAAACUGCAGCAGGGCAGCCGCACAAGUGGCGCCGGCGUCUGGAGAACUCCUUUCUCACAACAUCCAACACCGACGCCUUCCAACCAGCCGAUACGCAUCGACAUCCCUGUAACCAGAGCGGUGAACACACACACCAGUCCUCCACUCACCACCUUCCAGAGUUCAUCUUUGCUGGCGGCGAGGAUGAGCCAAACCCUUAAAGUACAGGGACAUAAACACAGGGCGGAUCCUAUCUAUGCGUGUCCCAUUACUGCAACCAAGAAGCUGCCUCGGCCUUCGCUUCUCUCACAGCAGCAGAGAUCCACCACUCACAGGGGUCAAGGUUCAAAACCCCAAGUGAGCAUCCCCCCGACAAAACAUGUCUCCUUCCAAGAACCUCCCACUCAGGAGAAGCAGGGCACGGGACCUACGAAGCCAAAAGACCCUCAGGAGAGGUCCGACCCCUGGAGGAGGGAGGCCCAGGAGAAGCUGGAGAAGCAGCAGAGGCUCCGUAUGGUGGAGCUCCUGGAGCAGGAGGUGCAGGAGCUCCAGGGCAGAGCGAGGCGCACGGCGGAGGAGAACGAGCGGCUCCGAAGGCUCAGCCUGGAGUGGCAGUUUCAGAAGAGGCUGCAGGAGGUCCAGCAGAGAGGAGAGGAUGAGGAGGAUGAGGAGGAUGAGGAGGAUUUGGACAUGAUGGUGCUAAUACAGGAGCUGGAGAAAAGAGCACAGGUGAAGACCCACACAGAUGUAAGUUGA